UUCGCCGUUCACGUUCGCUCGGCGUUCACCGUUCGCGUUCACUCGCUGUUCACCGUUCGAGUUCGCGUUCGUCUGGAAGCCACGUUGCUCUGCUUCAAACUCUGCGACCAACCCGCGCCUCCACUCAGCCGUCCAACUGCUCUCUGUUGUCCCCGCCGUAAAGGGACUUGUGGUCAUUUUUUCCUGCCUUACACCGAUUCAGAUGAUUAUUUUCAGAGGAUGAGCACUUAUUUAUGUAUCUUGAGAAACUGUCUUUCUGUGUGUUAUGAGCAUUUGGUGAAGCCUGUAUUGUACCUAUUCAAAGCUUAGUUUUACCAAAUGGUCUUCAAAACAACUCAUCCAAAAUGCUACUGCACAAAUCCAAGUCUAUUGUCUCUAAAAGCCUGUAUGCACCUUCAUUUGGUGAAGCCUUUCUAGCACUAGUCCACUACCAACUUUGUUAUUAAUAAUGUUAUCAAAUUUAUUUAUCCGAGUACUAUGUUUAUUUUUUAGUUUGAUUUAUGAUAAUUCAUUUGAUAUUCUUCCUAUUCUUGUCAGAUAUUUCUUUUAACAUUUUGUGUACUGAUGAGGGAUUGUACUUACUUGGUAUCAUGCUUUCAUCUGGCAAUUUUGCAUUUAAUAUAAAAAAAGGAAAAUCCUAAGAGAGUAAUUCACCACUCCAUUGGAAAAACUUCAUACUACCUUAUACCCUCAACUUAAUACUUGCAUAUUUAUAAUUUAUUUAUUAUUUUAAAACGGUUUUUCUGGUUGAACCACCGGUUAGACCGGUUGGACCAGUAAACCAGAAAACCAGUAACUAAAGCGGUUUGAUGACCAGUCCGGUUCUCAGAACCUUGCUUGAAACAGAAGAUUUGAAAAAUCGACGUUGGAUCAUCGAACCCGCCGGAAACCGGUCGGUUGGAUCCGGCCGAUUUUUUAAAUUUUGCAAAACGCCAUUGUUUUGCUGGGAUGCCCCAGCCAAUUACCCAACCCAGCAACCUUAGCUCCACACAACGGCUAAACGCAAACCCAUCCUUCCCAUCACCCUCGAGCUCCUCCUUCCUCUCACCGUCAUUGAUCUCACUCCCUCACCUCCGUCCAUCUCCCGCCGCCGUUGCCGAAACGAGCUUCGAAGCCACCGUCGUUAUCGUGCAGCUUUGUUCCACCAUCGUGCAGCUACUGUUUCAGCUUUGAAAGCACCGUCGCGCAGCUCUGUUCCAUCGUCGCCGGCGCUAUCUCUGUUCCACCUGUCAUCCCUUCAGCCGUGCUCUUGUCCCCCUCUUGCUCAGGAUCUGCUCUGCUCUGUUCUAGGGCUUCUAGCUUCUAGGUAUUUUUUUUAAUAACAAUUAUUGAAUAAUUGUUGUUAGUUAAUUUGUGAACUUGUUAUGGGUUAAAUAAUUUUUGAAUAAGUGUUAAUUAAUCUGUGAAUCUUGCUGUUUUUACUGUGAAUUACUCCAUUGUUAAUGAUUCUGAUCAUUCAUCUGCAGAAGAUGAUGGGGUCUUCAAGCUUGAAUCCUUUGAAACUAAGUGUUGCACGUGGGGUAUGCCUGUUUUGUGCUGCUGUGCUCUGUUGACUGUUGUGCAGUGUUUCUGUGUUCAAUUAAAAUUUUUCUUUGAGAACUUAGCUUUGCUAUACUUGAUAAAUUGUGCCAAUUAUGCAUUUCUUGAAAUUGGUAUGCCUCUGUAGAUUCUAAAUAGUGCGUUUCAUGUUUCUGAUUUUGAUAAUUUGAGUAGUUUAUGAAGCAUAGUUCACUGUUAUUGCAAAUGAUUUGGGACUGCUUUUGAGGAGUGUAUGAAGUAGAUUACUUGCUGUGUUUGGAGUUGUUUAUUAAUUAAAUUGGUUAAUUUGUUAUUUGAGCCAUGUUACAGCUUGUUGUUAAAUAAAGUUUAAAGCUCCAAUAUCCAUUUGUUUGUUGGCAAUGUUAAUAUUAUUAAUAAUAUUAAUAAUAAUACUAAUCACAAAGUGGAGAGGGAUUGUAGAAUUUGUCACAUAGGUUUGGAGAGUGAUAGUUCUGAGUCUGGUGUUCCAAUUGAAUUGGGUUGUGCUUGUAAAGAUGAUUUUGUUGCUGCUCACAAAGUAUGUGCUGAGACAUGGUUUAAGAUUAAGGAGAAUUUGAGUAUAAUUCCAUCUUUACUUUAUUCUGUUUAACUGCAAAAUUUGGUUUUUGAUAUUUUUUAAUGCUGAAUUUGAUUGAUUCUAUGGAUAUUUUAGACACCCUUUUGUUUAUGAUUCAUGGAAUUGAGAAUUGGAUUGUUUGGUACUGUUCUAUAUGUAUAGUUGUUCUGAGUUUGACAAAUAUUCUCAAUUACUUACAGCUAUGGUUUCCUUCUUGGAUGGGAUUUUAUUUUUCCAAAAGAAAUCAUAGAGAAUAAGGGUUGUGAAUUGUUUAGAAAAAAAACUUGAGUUUGUAUUUUGAUAAGAUCAUAUGGUUUUGAUUUAUGACAUUUCAUGUAGUGUUUUAAAUUUAGAAGAUAUUUUAAGAUUUAUAUUAGACUAUAAUUAUAUUUUAGUAUGUAUAUUUGUAAUUUAUUUAUUAUUUUAUUCUAAAACGGUUUUUCCGGUUGAAUUACAGUUAGACCAGUUGGACCAAUAAUCUAGUGAACCAGUGACUAGAACGGUUCGAUGACCGGUUCGGUUCUCAGAUACUUGCUUUGUACAACUCCAAUAUCGAAAUCUUUUGUACUAUAAAUUAUUUUAAACAAAAUACCUUUUAAAUUUAACUUUAGUUUACCCAUAUUUAAUUUAAUUCUACAAAACAGCCAUUUUUAAUAUUUAUUAUAUACUAUCAUUAAUUUACUGUCCGCGCAUCGCGUGGGUCUCAUUCUAGUUAUUUUAAUGUCUAUUCUGAUUGAUGAGAGCACAAUAACACAAGUUUUACGUCCCAAAGCCCAAACACCACCAUCUUUUCCACACCAUGAAGAAGCUGUUCCUCCUUGGCACCUGGAAGUGCAACUGCUGGAAGCAAAGGUUCCGACUUUUCACCACCCUUUUGGAAGAUUUGGAUACCCCUUGUCUCCGUCACGUGAUUGCCACCAACAUUUCCAUUAGCAGGAGAGUUAAAUCCGGCAAACCUGAAUUAGCACGCCACCUCUUCGAUGAUAUGCCGCUUCGAACUGUUUCCACUUGGAAUACUAUGAUUUCUGGAUAUUCGCAAUGGGGCUGCUACGUUGAAGCUCUGGCCCUUGCUUCCCUCAUGCACCACUCUUGCGUCAAGCUUGACGAGGUCUCUUUCUCUUCGGUGUUGAGCGCAUGCUCACGUUAUGGGUCACUUGUUCAUGGGAAGCAAGUUCAUGCAUUGCUUUUGAGGUCUGGAUACGAGAGAUUUGGCCUUGUGGGGAGUGCUCUGUUGUAUUUUUACGUUCAGUGUUGUGGAAUUGGAGAAGCUAAGGUAGUUUUUGAGGAGCUUCAUGGCGGGAAUGAUGUGUUAUGGAGCUUGAUGCUUGCGGGUUAUGUGCAGCAUGACAAUAUGGGUGAGGCUCUGGACAUGUUUGAAAAGAUGCCUGAUCGUGAUGUUGUGGCUUGGACCACGUUGAUCUCUGGGUAUGCGAAGAGGGAAGAUGGGCGUGAGAGGGCUUUGGAUUUGUUUUGGUGUAUGAGGAAUUCUGGAGUGUUGCCUAAUGAGGUCACGUUGUGCUCUGUUGUGAGAGUUUGCACUAGACUGAGGGCUCUAUGGCAGGGGAAGGUUGUUCAUGGGCAUUGCAUCAAGGAAGGGUUUGCUUUUGAUAAUGCGAUUGGUGGCGGGUUGAUUGAGUUUUAUUGUGAUUGUGAAGCCAUAGGUGAUGCCAAGAGAGUUCAUGAGAGCAUGAGAGGAGAAACUUAUUUGAAUGUGACUAACUUGUUGAUUGGUUGCCUUAUCUCCGCGGGGAAGAUUGAAGAAGCUGAGAUGAUAUUUUACAGGUUGAGAGAGACGAAUCACGUAUCAUAUAAUUUGAUGAUUAAAGGUUAUGCUAUGAUUGGUCAUUUUGAGAAGUCAAAGAAAUUAUUCAAUCAAAUGAGUCUCAAGGAUUUAACUUCCUUAAAUACCAUGAUAUCUGUGUACUCCAAAAACGGUGAACUUGAUGAAGCUGUGAAGCUUUUUGACAAAAUUAAAGAUGAGAAAAACCCUGUGACAUGGAAUUCGAUGAUGUCUGGUUGUAUUCAAAAUGGCCAGUACAUGAAGGCAUUAAAAAUAUACGUGAAGAUGCGUAGGUUAUCAGUUGAUUAUAGCAGAUCGACGUUCUCUGUUUUAUUUCGUGCAUGUUCAUCUCUUGGUUCUUUUCAGCAAGGACGGUUGCUUCAUGGCCACUUAACCAAGACACCGUUCCAAGCAAAUGUUUAUGUUGGGACUGCCCUUAUAGACUUCUACUCCAAAUGUGGUCGCUUGGCUGAUGCUCAAAGGUCAUUCCUCAGCAUUUUUUCACCCAAUGUAGCAGCAUGGACAGCUCUUAUUAAUGGGUAUGCAUAUCAUGGACUUGGAUCCGAGGCAAUUUUACUCUUCCACUCGAUGUUAGUUCAAGGAGUUGUGCCAAAUGCAGCUACUUUUGUUGGCAUUCUUUCUGCCUGCUCCCAUGCCGGUCUAGUUGCUGAAGGUUUGAAAAUCUUCCACUCGAUGGAGGAACUUUACAAAGUAACCCCAAGCAUAGAACAUUACACAUGUGUGGUGGAUCUUCUUGGUCGAUCAGGCCAUGUAAGAGAAGCUGAAGAGUUUAUUAGAAAGAUGCCUAUUGAAGCAGAUAGGGUGAUUUGGGGAGCUUUACUGCAUGCAUGUUGGUUCUGGAAGGACAUGGAAGUAGGGGAGAAAGCCGCUGAAAAGUUGUUCAGCUUGGAUCCGAACCCAACAGUGCCUUUGGUAAUUCUGUCAAAUAUGUAUGCGGUGCUAGGUAGAUGGGGGCAGAAGUCAAUUCUUAGGAAGAGAUUGCAGAGUGUAAAAUUGAGAAAAGAUCCAGGGUGCAGCUGGAUUGAAUUAAACAAUAUUCAUCUGUUCUUGGUAGAGGAUAAAACACAUCCUUAUUCUGAUGUUAUUUAUGCAACUGUAGAGCAUUUAGCAGCAACCAUUAAUUCUAGCAUACCCUUCAAUUAUCUCUAUAGCAGCAACGGCAAACAUCAUGAAUAAUGCAAAGUUUCAAACUGCAGAUCCUAUGUUACUUCAGAUUUGGUCACUGAACUGAAUAUUUCUC